AUGGAUGGCAAAAGGAGGUCAAAGAUCCCAGCUUUGGUGAUGUGGUAUCUUCCAGUAAUUGAUCGCUUGAAGCGUUUGUUCUCGAACCCUAGGGAGGCUGAGCUUAUGCGCUGGCAUGCUGAAAGUCGCAAGCAGAAUAACAAACAGAUUCGACACCCUGCUGAUGCAUCACAGUGGAAAACUUUUGAUCAUUUGUAUCCUGAGUUUGCCAAAGAAAUCAGAAAUGUAAGAUUUGCUUUGGGUACAGACGGAAUGAAUCCAUUUGGUGAAAAAAGAAGUAUACAUAGCACCUGGCCCGUGACUCUGACGAUGUACAACCUUCCGUCAUGGUUGUGUCACAAAAGGAAGUACAUUAUGUUGACUAUUCUUAUUCAAGGUCCGAAAGCAGCUGGUGUUGAUAUUGAUGUGUUCCUGGAACCUCUUAUGGAAGAUAUGGCGAAGCUCUGGAAUGAAGGAGUUCGAAUAUGGGAUGAGUAUCGCAAGGAGUAUUUCAACCUAAGAGCAAUUAUAUUUGUUACCAUCCAUGAUUCUCCCGGGGGCGCCACACUUUCAGGGCAAAAGACCAAAGGAAAGAAUGGUUGUGUAGUGUGCGUGGAGGGAACUGCUUCCUUAUACCUUAAAUCAUCCAAGAAGUUGGUGUUCAUGGGACACAGACGGUUCUUGAUGAAGCAGCAUAAGUACCGAAAGAUGAAAGAGGAAUUUAACAAUGAACUGGAAAGUGAAGGUGCACCAAAGCCUUAUAGCGGGAAACUCAUUUUUGAAAUUGUAAAAAACAUUCAGGUUGUAUUCGGAAAGGGGAAAAAAAACAAAGGAGAAAAGAGAAAGAGAACUGACCCUUCAACUGACACAACUUUCAAGAAGCAAUCGAUUUUUUUCAAGUACCUCCCAUACUGGAAGGAUAUGGAAAUUUGCCACAGCAUUGAUUUGAUGCAUGUAACAAAGAAUGUUUUUGAUAGCAUCAUUGGAACCUUACUGGGCAUGCCGAGUAAGACAAAGGAUGGACUUAAGUCACGCCAGGACCUAGUAGAUCUUCAAAUCAGAUCGGAACUUCAUCCAGUGGAUAGUGGCAAAGGGAAGCCUUACCUUCCCCCAGCUAGCUACAACUUGACAGUUGAGGAGAAAACAAAAAUUUGCAAAUGUUUGCGUGGGAUCAAAGUGCCCACAGGUUUCUCAUCCAAUAUCAGCAAACUAGUUAGGAUGAAGGACUUGUCUCUAUUUGGUUACAACUCUCAUGACUGCCAUAUGAUGAUGACGGUGUUCCUCCCAAUUGCGUUGGAGCGGUACUUGGCAGUGUUAAAAGGUUAUGUGCGAAAUCGCGCUCACCCAGAGGGUUCAAUCAUGGAGGGAUACACUACAGAAGAAGUGAUUGAGAGCUGUAUAGAUUACAUCAGAGAUGGAACAAUGAUAGGUGUGCCUGUACCUAAACAUGAGGGUAAACUAUGUGGGAGAGGGAGAAUGGGCAGGAAAACUUUCCGCGUCGAGGAUUACAAGAUAGUACAUUGUGCUCAUGGUAGUGUACUACAACAUCUCGCGAUAGCCGAGCCUUACAUUGAGGAACACCUAGAUGAGCUUCGUAAAGAAAAUCAGAACCGCACAGAGGACUGGAUCAUGAGGGAGCACAAACAUCGUUUUAGCGAAUGGUUAAUGGACAAAAACAUCCCAUCCGGAGACUCUUUGGAAGAGAAAACAAUGAGGAAUUUGGCUUCUGGACCAUCGUGUUUAGUGACAUCAUGGCAAUCAUAUGACAUCAAUGGGUACACAUUCCACACUAAAUCAAAAGACAUGAAAAGUGUUGUGCAAAAUAGCGGUGUUCGUAUUGAUGCUUUUGACCUACAGGGACAGAAAACCACAUAUUUUGGAUUCAUAGAGGAAAUAUGGGAACUUGAUUAUGGUCCGAGCUUGAAAAUACCCUUAUUUAGGUGCCAAUGGGUACAACAUCCCGGGGGGGUGACAGUGGACAACUACGGACUCACACUGGUAGACUUAAAGAAAGUAGGAUAUAAAGAUGACCCGUGGGUUCUCGCCGAAUGUGUUGCACAAGUGUUCUAUGUACUCGAUCCAUCAAAUGAGAAGUGCCAUGUAGUUAUUUCUGGAAAGCAAAAAAUUGUUGGAGUUGAGAAUGUGGGAGACGGAGAUGAGGAAUACAAUAAGUAUGAAGAGAUGUCCGUCUUUAAUGGUCCUGAGAGAAUCAAGCGUGUGGAAAAGAAAAUUGAUAAGAACUUGAAGCCAUACAUGCGGAAAAAUGGUAGUUCAUGA